AUGCUGUUCAAAUCCAACCUUCUCUUGCCCCUAUGGCUAUCGGUGGAAGUCACCAAUGCCAUGGUUCCUCGUGGAUUUGACCCCCGACCAAUCCCCCGUCGAAAAAUUGUUCGAGGACCGGCAUUCUCCUCUGCACAGCCUACCACUGCUCCGGGAGAAACAACAACUUGGGCAGCUAAAACUAUCAAAGCCCAAGACGACAACGGCUCCCCCAAGCUCCACCUUCUCCUCUACCUACUCCUCCAUAGUGCUAUAACUACCUAUGCGAGUAACCGGUUGGACGGCUCGAGUGUCCACUACUGUGUCCGCAGCUACACUUCGGAAUACAUUUUCUUCACUCCUGCCAAGAGCCAGACCUGCCCUCAGAGCAUUUCUGCGAGUGUUCUGAGCUCCCUCACGGCUUCUCCAGCUACUACCGCUAGCCCUGUCGUGGUCACCGUCGACGCUUGGCCUUAUACUGCCUAUGGUGCCGAUGGUGCCGUGACGCUCUGUGAGACCUCAACUACCACGUAUUACGCUGGCUACCCCGUCACCGAGUGUGCUGGAAGCACCUCGCUGCCGCACUCUGCCAUUACUUACGCAACUACUAUCAACGUCAGCCCCAACAAUGUUGUGAACUACGGAAACUGGACCAACUUUCUCGGAGACCCAUACUGGGACCAGGAAAACGACGCACAGCGCACCAGUGAGCUGUACACUGCAUUCUCCACAGCUCUUUCAUCACUUUGCCUUGACUCCUCCACGGCAACUAUCUACACUGUCACGGGAACAGGUACAGAUGUGGAAAAGGCCAUAAUCUCUACUGUGACAACUCCGACGACCAUGUACGCUUGUGUCGCCAUGGCCGUCACGGCUGAGAAAGUUCACUACGUCGAUGGGGAGGAUGACUUCGCAGCCGCAGAGCUCAAAGUCUCGGUGCUGCUGUCGCAUGUCAGUCUGGACAAUCUGGACAAGUGGAUCAACUUGAUAUCGUUCGCGCUGGCCGGCAGCGCUAUGCAAGCCCAAAAUACCUUUACAUCUGACUAUUUGAUCGUGGCCGGCCGCGGCCCUGGCUUUCAGGAGAAGAGCCGCUCCAUCAACAUGGGCAUUCUAGAGCAGCUUCAAGUGAAUGUUGAGUUUGAACCGUCCGAGUCAGCCUUUGACUGUGCGAUGAUGGACAUGGUUGGAGACUUUCCAGCCGCUCUAAUGGACUUCUUUGCGCCGGAGAUUGCGGGCUCGCUGUUACCUGAGGAACUAACCUUGCAAACACUCUGUGUUCUUGCUAAUGAUUAUCUGUAA